AAAUAAAACUUGUAGACCUUUACUACAGUCUCUGAGGAGAUGGACACCUCUUCUUCUUCUGGACGAUCUCCGUCUCCUACUGGGACUGUCUUCUUACCCCCUCCUAUCAUGUGGAACAGUCUCUACAAGCAGGCAGAGAUGGAGGUUCAGUUCCUGAGAGAAGAGAAGAAGACCUGUACAGAGAAGGAAGCCCACAUGCUUGAGUUGAGGGGGAAGGAUCGAACGAUCCGAAAUCAGAAGAAGGAGAUGGACAGACUUCAAGUCUGCCUCUGGGAGGAGGAAAAGAAGAAGAGGAAUGGUGGAACGGAGAAGGACAAGAUCAUUGAACAAUUACAGUCUGAGACAGACCAUCUCAGAUCCCUUUUAGAAGAGGUAAGGAGGAGAAGAAGAGUAGAAAGGGGUCUAAUGAAAGAGUGGAAGGUUGAAAUCCUGAGCCAGAGAGAAGCAGAGAGCCAGAGAGAGGCAGAGAGACAGAGGGAGGCAGAGAGACAGAGGGAGGCAGAGAGACAAAGAGAAGCAGAGAGACAGAGAGCACAGAGAGUCACAGAAGCGAAGGAGAACAACAGAAAAAUGCAGGAGAUCAAGAGCCUCAAACAUCUGCUGGAGCUACUGAUGGUGGAUCUACAACUGGCCCACCAAGAGAUAGAGAGAUUGAGGCUAUGGCAGAAAGUCAUGGAGGAUCAGCGACCAAGACUGGCCUGGAACAACAAACCUAUUGAGACAGAAAGAGAGAGGGAAAGAGAGAGGGAAAAAGAGAGAGAAAGGGAGAUGGAAAGGGAGAGAAAAGCAGAAUUGGAAAGACAAGAAAUGAAGAAGAAAGUGAAACAGGCAGAAGAAACGAUAAAAGCGUUAGAACGAGAGAUUGAGAGAUUGAAAGAGAUUGAAAAGGAGAUAAUAUUUGAAAGAGGAAGAGACAUGCGUAUUGCAGAGAAUGAGAAAGUCAAACUGGUUAACGAAAAGGCAAAAGAGUUAGAGAGAGAGGUUGAGAGACUGAAAGAAGAUAUGACAACAAAAGAAAUGCAAUACAAAAUCAAAUUUGAAAGAGCGAAAGAAGCGUAUAGAAGACAGAAUGAGAGAGUGAAACAGGUUAACCAAAAUGUACUAGUGUUAGACAGAGAGGUUGCGAGAAUGAAAGAAGAGAUUAGAUUGAAAGAUGAGACUGAACCAGAGAGAACAUUUGAUAGAGACAGAGAGAGAGAAAAUGAUUGGAGACGAAGAGAAGAGGAGAUGAAAAAUAGAGUGGAGAGAGAGAUGCAGAUGGAGACAGCCCUCAUCAAUGACAAAAAGACGUCUGAAUUGGAGGAAGUCUUCAAGAAAAUCAAGGAACAGCUGAUAGAAUUAGAAAAUAUGGAAACAGACAAAAAUCUAUGGAAACAGAACCAAAUGGACAUGGAGGAGAAGAUGGAGGGUGAGAACAACAAACAGAAAGAUGUAGAAAGAAAGAGAAUGGAGAAAAUACCAAAACAGAGACAACAAGAAGAUGAGAAGAAGAAGGAGAUGGAGAGAGAAGAAGAAGAAGAGGAGAGACACAAACAGAAGCAAAUAGAGAUGAAAGAGAAAGAACGAGAGAGGGAGAAAGAGAGACAGAGA